AUGUGUGAGGCCCUUCGAGUGCUGUAUGAAGUUCCCUAUUGUGAUAACAGUCUUUUCGGUGCAAUCAAGCCGAACGUCAAGUUGAAGGGGACUGUACAGCUUGAGAGGUUCCGCUUCGACGAGUCGAUGCGAGAUGCGUUGCUCCGCUCGGCGCCGCCGUUCGAGCCUCCCACCGAAGACCUUCCUGAUUUGGGUAUGCCCUUAUCUGAAAACCAGAAAAAUGUGGUAAACGGAUCCUGGAAUGUGCCUUUGACGUUGAUUCAAGGGCCACCUGGAACCGGCAAGACCUAUACAGCUGUUGCCAUCGUGAAGCAUUGGGUACGGAAUAAAAUUCGACCGUUGAAGCAAAAGAAACUUCUUCAAAGAGACGAGGGUCGUGUUCUUGUGGUAGCGGACUCAAAUGCUGCGGCCGACAAUACUCGCAACCAUCUCGAGAGACACGGCGUCGAGUGUUACAGAGUUGGACGGAUGCUCGAUUCGCAGGAUCUAGGUUUAUCUGAGACCGUGGAGCACUAUCUUGGAGACGUUCAGUGUGUGAUGGGUGAGAAAUUCCGUUCAUUUGCAAACGAGUAA